UUUUCUUUUUCUUUUUUCUUUUCUGUGAAGUAAAACCUAAUAGUCCUCUCUUGUUCUUCAAGAAAACUUGCAACUGUUAAAGUUCAGCAGAAUACACAAAUUUUACGCAAAAUGGCGAUUGAUCACGAAGACGAGCUUAAGGACGAGAAGAAUCCUCGCCCACUUGACGAGGAUGAUAUCGCUCUUUUGAAAACCUAUGGAUUGGGGCCUUACUCUUCCAGCAUUAAGAAAGUGGAGAAAGAAAUAAAGGAGAUGGCAAAGAAAGUCAAUGACUUAUGUGGGAUUAAGGAGUCUGAUACCGGAUUGGCAACUCCUAGCCAAUGGGACUUGGUGUCUGACAAGCAAAUGAUGCAAGAGGAGCAACCUCUCCAGGUUGCUAGAUGCACCAAGAUAAUCAGUCCUAACACUGAAGAUGCUAAGUAUGUGAUUAAUGUGAAGCAGAUUGCAAAGUUUGUUGUUGGGCUGGGCGAUAAAGUUUCUCCAACCGAUAUUGAAGAAGGCAUGCGUGUCGGGGUUGAUAGAAACAAGUAUCAGAUUCAGAUUCCCUUACCACCAAAGAUUGAUCCCAGUGUGACCAUGAUGACGGUGGAGGAGAAACCAGAUGUGACAUAUAAUGACGUGGGGGGCUGCAAAGAGCAAAUUGAGAAGAUGCGAGAAGUUGUUGAAUUACCGAUGCUUCACCCGGAGAAAUUUGUAAAGCUUGGGAUAGAUCCUCCAAAGGGUGUAUUAUGCUAUGGUCCUCCUGGUACUGGAAAAACACUUUUGGCCAGAGCUGUUGCUAAUCGAACUGAUGCAUGCUUCAUUCGAGUUAUUGGAAGUGAGCUUGUCCAGAAGUAUGUUGGUGAGGGCGCUCGAAUGGUUCGUGAGCUAUUUCAGAUGGCAAGAUCAAAGAAGGCAUGUAUUGUUUUCUUUGAUGAAGUUGAUGCAAUUGGAGGUGCUCGUUUUGAUGAUGGUGUGGGAGGAGAUAAUGAGGUGCAACGUACUAUGCUUGAAAUUGUGAACCAGCUAGAUGGGUUCGACGCUCGUGGAAACAUUAAAGUUCUUAUGGCCACAAACAGACCUGACACACUUGACCCAGCUCUCUUGCGUCCUGGACGGUUGGACAGAAAGGUUGAGUUUGGCCUUCCUGAUUUAGAGGGUAGGACACAAAUAUUCAAGAUCCAUACCAGGACCAUGAACUGUGAAAGGGAUAUCCGGUUUGAGUUACUUGCUCGUCUUUGCCCGAACUCCACAGGUGCUGACAUUAGAAGUGUGUGCACCGAGGCUGGAAUGUAUGCUAUUCGUGCUCGAAGGAAGACAGUGACAGAAAAAGAUUUUAUCGAUGCCGUAAACAAAGUCAUCAAGGGUUAUCAAAAGUUCAGUGCUACUCCUAAGUACAUGGUCUACAACUAAAACUCCCUUGUCGCAGAAGAACCCGGCUGCUUAAUCCAAUAUCGAUGCUGUGCACACCUAUCUCCUGCGCAAUCAUAUGGACAUUUGCACCAAAUGGUGACCUAAUGCAACUCAAUAGCAAAUCUGUAAAGAGGCCUACAAUAUAUUUUUGUGCUGGAAAUUUCAUUUAUUUUAGCUUUUGACAAAAUGGUGUUGGCAUAUGGUUUGGUGGUUGCCAAAGUUUGUUAAAGACGUUGAGUUUUCUAUUAAAUGUUUGGAUUUGGACUCGAAAUUUUAAUUCUAAGACAUUCUUUCUAGAAAAAUAGAUUUAACACUUAUUCUUA